GAAAAAGAUCAAGAAUACCGGUGUGAAAAAGUUACAAAGCAAUUUAACGGGAAAAUGCACGGCAUUCUCGGCUCAGUGUGGCCCAAAAUUAAUCUACCGCCAUUCCUCAAGGUCAAAGAGGAAAUAUUUUAUGUCUACUGCCUAUACUGUGUGGGAUUUUUGGUAAGAGAUGUACAGUAUUAGUCUAUGAAGGAAGUUUUUGUUGAUCAACACACGUGUUAUUUUGACCCUUGCUCUUUUUGGUUACCAUAACAGGAUCUAUUUGCUGUUAGUUGUCUGAUACCAUUACUAACCCACCGAGCCAGGGAAUUAGGAGCAUCGCCGUCACUUGUUGGACUUAUCGGUUGGUAACUUUAGCAUCUAAAAAGUAUCAAAACAAAAAACAAAAAAACAAAAAAAAAACAGCCAGCUCUAAUUUCUAUAUCAAAUCAGAGAACAUACGUGUAACAACACAGAAGUAUAUGGUGAUAAUGAGGUCAAAUUAUUUGCCUGUAUAUAUCUAUAAGAUCCUUUUGACCUGCCUUUUUAAGGCUAAUGGAAACAAAAAACUAAAUUCACUGUCUACACUACUAAAUAGUUUAUGGGAUAAUAUAGAACUCCAUGUGAAGGUUUUUCAAUUUAUUUGUAACUGCUACCACCCCACUGCCCUCCCUGUUAUCUAUAAAAUGAAGAGAAGUGACUGUAGAUCUCAUAGACUUAAUAUCUACACUGUAUCUGUGCAGAGUGUACUGCGCCAUUUUGAGCCUUGGCAUUUUCACAGACUAGUUUAUUUUAGACGGGGUUGAAAGCCCUGUCUCCCAUAAAAAUGCUGAACUAUUGAUCAUUAGUUGCAUCUGCACUGGUAUGGUUAAAUGUCAUUAAAAAUGUAGGAAAACUAUUUUUUGAACUGUUUUUUGCUAACUGGUUGCAUGUGGGAUUGAUGCGAUAAUUGUUAUUUGUGGGAAAAUUGAUUGAGAAAUAAUGCAUCAGUCAAUUCCAGCUGUGCCCAAUAGCUUUGCCAUGGAUGAACAAAUAAUAAUAUUAAUGAUGAAAAAAAUUUUUUGACAGGUUCUGUCUAUGGUGGUCUUCAGUUAUUUUCCAGUCCUAUCAUGGUGAGAAUAAAUUUUAAAAUAUUCAAUUUUUACUUAGCAAGAAUAUGAAAGUCCCCUAUUUUAAAAAAAAAUCCUGCACAAAUAUUCAGUUUAAAGUUAUUUAACAAAAAGAUUUAAAGAGAGAUGGCAUGGAGCUGUUGAUUGUCAAAUUUAAACUUGUGACAACUUUGUGUCAACUCAGUGUGGGUAGCUGACUUGCCAGCUUGUAACUUCUUCUGCAAAAUCACAAGCUAGAGGUUUCGUAGACAGAUAGAGCCUAAAAAUCAAUACAAUGAAAUUAAUCUCCACCAGUACAAGUCUCUGUCUUAACUAUAAAUUAGCAUUGCUGCUUAUCACAAUAAUUAGCCUUUUCUUAUUCUGUUGGCCUUGCAAUGUAUUACUCAUUGCUCCCUGAUGAUGCCGUUGAUCAGCAAAAGCUUGGCCAAUUUUUAUUUUAAUUUUUAAUUACAGCAGUUAAAGGCCUCUCUCAAACAAUAUUUAAAAGCUCCAUUAUUUUAUUUUCCACCAGGGCAAGCUCAGCGAUGUUUUUGGAAGAAAGCAGCUUCUUUUGGUGAGCCUCCUGGGCACUGCAAUGGGUUAUUAUAUGACUUCUCUUCCAACAACUUUACUUUUCCUGGCACUCAGUAGGAUUCCUGCAGGUACCGUGUGUAUGUGAACUCAUAGACAGUUUAACUUGCAGGUGUACAGCUAGCCAGGUGUGACCUACCCGCUGUAACUCAACCUUAAACACCUUUCAAAUGGCAACUGAAAAAGUUGCUUCUGCAAAUUAGACCUUUAGCGAACAUGAACAAUGUUUAUUGUGCUGCAAAAGGAGAACAAUAAAAGAAAAAAUAAAGAAAUGAAGAUUAAAUUCAUUGAGAUACCAUAAAAUUCCGAAAAUAAGCCCUGGGGCUUAUAUUUUUCAAAGGCCCUUUUUGAGGGGCUUAUUUUUGGAGGGGCUUAUAUUCGGAGGGAGAUUUGCGUUUCAAAAUCAAUUGGGCUAGCCAUAUAGUUGGAAGUAAAUUUACCAUUUUUGCUUUGUUUUUCUUUGUAUAUGAGGGCAAUUUUCCAAGUACAAGCCCCCGUGGGGGCUUAUAUUUGGAGGGGCGAUUUAACGGAGGGUUUUUUGCGUUACCGGUUUGGGGGGCUUAUAUUUGGAGGGGCUUAUACAUGGAGGGGGUUAUUUUUGGAAUUUUACGGUAUCCCAACACAGACAUGCUGCUGUACUGCAGUGUUAAAAACAUUACAGAAUAUUUACUAGGAAUUUUUUGCAAAGAAAGGUUCAUUAUGCUUAGUACUACAUGUAUAUUUGAGGCUCGAAAAUGUGCUCAAUCCUUCGUUGAAAUUUUACUCUCCUUUGUUUCAAACUCAUUGUACUAAGCCUAUGUAUGAGUAUUUGCGAUGAAAUUGAAGCCGGGGCCAUUGCUGUGGAUGAAACAAUGAAUGUAGGGAUUAUAUAGCAACGAUAACAUUGUCAUGCAAUCGAGUUUGACAAUGUUAGUCGUGCAAUGAUUAUGAUAGCAAAGUUUGCUGCAUGUUAAAAGUUUUUGUUUUGCAUAUUAAACCUAUUGCUCACUUUUUAUUUUCUUGUUUCCUUCUUUGUCAUCUUGGUUGCUGCACAAAAAUUUCUUGAUAUGCAAUGAUUUCGUUGAAAAAAAUAAACGAUUUGUUGAGAAAUGCGCGACGUCGCUUGAUUACUCGUCUCCCUUGAAUAGACACCCCCCUUUGAUGGAAAUGUUUAUAAUAAUCGCCCCCCCCCCAACCCUCUCGCCAUCUUCUCUUUCUUUUAUCCCCUCAGCCUCCAUGUCAAGUUGAAGUGGAAUCUGAUCCAGCAAAACGGAUCAGUGAUGAUUCAAGCUCUGAAAAUUAAUCAAGGAACCAAAUUUGGAACACUUAAAAAGCCCAUGUUCAGUUUAUUUUAUAUGAUAAUUAUUUGAUUUAAUGGGAUAAUGAUACAUAAUAUUUAAGGCACAACUUCCGGUGAGCAAUAUUUGAAAUAAUCGCCUCCCUUGAAUAAUUGCCUUCCCCCAAAGAAUCACCCCCGACUAUUAUUCGAGGAAAUACUGUACCCAUAGAGAAGGCUCAUUAUUGCCACACCCCAAAACAAUUGCAAAGGAAAAUAAAUUUCAACCAAUGGCACAAACUGAAACAUACAUGUAGCAUUUUGUACAUGUAUGCACUUGUGGCUUUAUAUCAUCUGUAAUUUGUACUCCAGAGGAAACAAUAUUGAAAAAUCCUUAAUAAUAGGUGUGCAAUAUUUAAGGACCUGGCUCCUGAUCUUCUUGUGAUUUAUACAAUGCAAAUUUGAAGGAGAACAUAGCAGUUUCUCAAAAUUCCAGGGUCACCUAAUUUUUUUGAUAUCUCUUCAUUUUUUCACAGGAAUUUUCAAGCACAGUCAGAGUGUUGCCAAGACAUAUCUAGCUGAUAUUUCAGAACCUGUUGAUCACCCCAAAGUGUUUGGUAAUUUCAAUGCUUUUUCUAACCUUGGCUUUGUGAUUGGUCCUUUGAUUGGUGGUCACUUAGCGAUGCAAUCAAAUGGCUUUUUCAAAGUGGCUUACGUGGCUGCUACAAUUUUUAUUGUAAAUUUUUUCUUUGUGUGGUUUUUUGUGAAACAAGUUGAAGAAAUUACAGCUUACCACACUCACAACUCAAGACAAGAAAUAGUCCUUAACAGAGGUGGUGCUGAGGAAACUGAAAAUAAAAGAGAUGAUCGUCCAACAGACAGAGAAUCUGUUCAAGAUAACCUUGGAAAUGUGUCAAAUGGAGAUGCAAAAAGAAUUACUGAGGAAGUCAGUAGUAUUAGUAAACUUGCAUCGGUCAGUUCCAUAAUGGACUUGUUGGUCCUUCGUUUUCUUAUGGGAUUUUCAAUGCUAGUGUUCCGCAGCAAUUUCAUGUCCAUGUUAGAAUUUCACUUUAAUACCAGCCCAAAAACAAAUGGCUACAUAAUGUCAUAUAAUGCAUUAGUUAGUGGCUUUUCUGGGAUUCUAAUGGGUUCAAUCGCAGACUUCUACAAUCAUAACGAUUCAAAAAUGCUUCUUCACUUCUCAUGUCUCAUCACGGUAUCAAUCCUUGGCAUAACAUUUUCUCCAAGUAUUUACUUUGUAGCAGCCUUUAUCACCCCACUUGCAGUAUCAAGUGCUGUGUCUAGGGUCUGCUUGACAAACCUAACUUUCCGCCGAUCACGAAAAGAUGAGAAAGGAGUGAUCUUAGGAGUGGGCAACUCAUUACUGUCUUUAGCACGCAUGAUUUCACCUGCCUUAGGUGGGUUUGUUCAGGAAAUUAGUGCAUAUGCACCAGGUAGUAUUGGUGCUACCAUAGCUGCAACUGGUGUUUUAAUCAUGAUACUUUAUCCUACCGAUAGGUAUCUAACAAAAGCCAAGAGAGAGAAAAAAAAUGACUGA